AUGCUACCAAUCGAGCUACGGCUUGGUCAACAUUGCACAUGUUUUCAACAUGUUUUUUUUUUUCGUACAGGUGAACGGGCGUGAUGUGAGUGGACUGAGCCACGCUGAGGCUGUGACUGUAUUUCAAGAAGCUGAAGAACCUAUUAUGGUGCAGGUUCUCCGUCGCCCACACCACCCUGCCACCACUACCGCCACCAGUACCACCUCCACCAGUACCACUCACCACCAGUCCACGCCCUCCACGCCCACGCAUCCUCCAACCUCCACCACGCCCACGCCUGCCACCUCGGCUAGUGGGUCGUCCACACAGCUGGAGGAGGAAGUGGAGAGGAAGGAGGUGGAGGUGGGGCAGGUGGGAGGAGGUAUCAGUGUUACAACUGGUACACAGACGGAGAUUUCGUUAAUGGGCGUGAGUGAGUGGGCGGCGGUGGCGGCGGCGUCAGAGUGGGUGGGCGGCGUGGGUGAGGGAAGUGACUCUGACUCACCUGACGGUGACUAUAUCUUCCCAGGUGUACUUCCACAGUCACUCUCACAGUUCCUUGAGCAGGAGAUUGAUAUUGAGGAGAUCAUCUUGGAACGUGCGUCAUCUGAGGAGAAGCUGGGCUUGACACUCUACUACAGUAAUGCUCCUGCACCGCCGCCCACACACAUGCCAGAGCAGGACGAGGGCGUGGGCGUGGCAGAAGACGAGGGACUCAGCGGAGACGACUACAAGGGCGUUGUCACGGAAGUCCUGAUAUCUCAGAUUGAACAUGGCACCGUGGCCGCUAAAGAUGGUAGACUGAGGAUUGGAGACCAGAUCUUACAGAUCAAUGGUGUCGAACUGACCACUCGGGCACAAACAGAAGAGCUCUUUGCCAGCUGUGGGACCAGAGUUAUCCUGCUUGUAUCAAGAACUCAGUACUAUGACGAGGAUGACCUAGUCGAGGGGGAGGUGCUGGAGGAUGUAGUGGAAGAGGAUGAAGAGGUAGAACUUCUUGAUGCAAAUUCAGAGUUCCAUACAAGCAGGUCGCCUGCAUUAUCAACAAAGAGCAACACUAGUAUAGAGAAGAAAGUCCCAUAUGAAGACGUGGGUCAUGUAAACACCUUAUGUUCCUCCUCUUCAUCUUCCUCAUCAUCAUCAUGUGAGAGGAAACCAUGCAAAAAAGCCUCUUCAGCCUCAUCCACUUCAUCCCGGGGUUCACAGAUGAGAGACGACAACAAGGCUUCCACGGUGGAUCAGGAGAUGGUCGCUCUUGAUGAAAAGAUGGCUAAUCUUGCCCAGCAGUGUGAGCAACUUGAAGCAACACAUAAGUCGAACCAAAGAGAACUUGAACCUCAGUAUAAGGUUCCACAUGAAAAACAGCAGAAAAAAGAUACCAAGAGCAUAUCAUGUAGACCGCCAGCUAAAACACCUCUACCAACUGGCUCAGAAUCUGAGCAUAUUUAUGAGUCGAUUCCUGAUGUAAGUGAGUCAGAUGAGCCUAUUUACUGUGUGCCAUAUGAACCAGGUCGAACUCGCCGACGUCAUCAACAAACAACAGUCACAUCUAGUACUAAACAACCAGUGCAGCAAAAGCCGACUCCUGUAUCCUUACAGCAGCAGCAACACCAAAGCAGUGGGCGAGGUACCAGAGGUAGUGGCACUAGCAGCAGCAGUGGGGGCAGUGGACGUGAGAGACGUGCAGUCGAGAAACAACAGUCAGUUGAGAGAUGGGUCCGAGAAAAUCCUCAUCCACGAUCCCCUACUAAUAUCAAGUCCACUGCCCCUGUCACUAACUCAGUAAAGCGAACUGAUGCUCCACAAGAAGAGAGAGACUCAUCUUCUGCCUACAACACUGGUGACUCCACAGGAAGCACACACCGCCCACCUCCAACGUUAGAGUUAAGCUUGGGACAAGACCCGUCUCUGAGGCAAUCUACACUAACCUUGUGUCCCCCGACACAUGACCAGUCAUUACAGGUUAGUCUAGAAUCAGACACCUAUUCAGCUAUCUCUUGCGAUAGCUGCAGACGGUGUAUGCGUCUGCCACCUCUUCACGCCUCUUUACCGCAGAAGACCAGUGGUCGAGGUCAAGAGUCGGAGCACAUUAUAAACCCCACCACCACCCACCAAGCUCAUUCAACCAGUCACAAGCCAGCACACCCUGACACCGAGAGCAACCGAAACUACGUCACAUUUCUCCCAGCACAAACGAUGUACACGAACGCUGCUAACCUACAACAAACUAUCUGGCUUCAACAGCAGCUGUUUAGACAGGCACUGAACCGGGAGAGCACUGCACCCUCCACACCCACCACUUCAGCUCGAGGACUGCCACCCAGGGCACCUCCUCGCACACCCCAUGAUCAACCAGUCAAAAUGGAGUGGAAAGUGAAGAGGCGACCUGAUGGAACAAGGUACAUUACACAGCGACCUGUCAGGAACAAGAUGCUGAAGGAGAGAGCACUCAAGAUAAAUGAAGAAAGAGCGGGACUUACAACAGAUGAUGAUGCUGUGUCAGAGAUGAAGUUGGGGAGAUACUGGAGUCGAGAGGAGCGCAAACGUCAUCUGGAGAAAGAGCGAGAACGUAGACGCCGUCACGAACUCUUUCGGCGACAGCAGCAACAACAAGGUCACCAUAAUCCUGAUGAACCCCCUUCAGCACUGAGAACCUGCACACUUGAAAAUGGAGUCCAUCAGGCACUCUGGCGUGAUCAUUCUAUAAGAAGAAAGACUUCAGCAACACUAGAAGCCAGUCAUAAGAAAUCUUCUGUAUCUAGGAAGAGAGAUGUAGAGGAUGCAGCACAUGGCCCUAGAACUCCCGUCCUUCCUCCCAACCCUCCACCACAGCAACAACCAAUGAAGGGGCUUCUCUCAGUUACAACAGUCUGAAACUAACCAAGAUAGAAAAUAACAUGAGCAUCUUUUGUAAUGAAGAUAUUUCAAGUUGCAUUUAUGAACUGUUCUAGACAAGUGACCUGUGGAAUGGUUACUGUUGAAAUGUUUUGACUAGAGAUGUGAUGCAACUGUUUCUUACAGUUGUCAGUGUUAUCUUUCUAUGCUGGGAAAUGAAUUUUGCAUACAAAACAGAAAUGAAGAACAUUGAUUCUAAUGAACCAAUACUUACAUUUUGGUAAGACAAAAUGAAAAUAAGAAUGCUGUUCAUGUCAGUUUUUUGUACUUCUUCACCUUCUUUGAAAACAGGAAGUUAAAAUACCCAUUAUUCCAUCACAACUUGAAAAAUAUAAUAGCAUUGUUUUAAAUGUCAGAGGACCAUAAGAUGUCUGAAUAUGCCAAGAAAAUGAGAAAAUGUAGCAGAAUCUUCACUUCAAAGUGAGUGAUAACACUAACAUUUCAAAUUUCUGACAGUAAAAAAAAAAAAAUUCUAUUCCCUUCCAAAUUAAAUUAUUUUUUUUUCAAGUGGAGGUCCCUCCCUUUCAAAAAAAAAAAUAUGAAAGUGUUUGGCAAAAGAUGCUCGAUGAAUAAGCGAUGCCAAGUUAAUCCAGAUUGUGACAUGAACGUUAGAAGCUCCUCCCAGCUUCUUGUACCCAGAUGUUACUCCUACACUGGAGAUAUAAUUUCUGUACAUAGCUGAUGGAAGCUGCUCAUUGAACUCGUCCAGUUAUUUUAUACUCAUUGUGAAUGUACCACAUACUGUGUGCUUGUGUGUAAAAUUUGAUUAUAUAUACAGUAUUUAUACGUGUGUUGCAUAUACACAUGUGUGUAUGUACAUGUGUGCAUGCAGGAGAGCCAGGAGAUGAGACUUGACCCCUGUAGUACUUUCUCCCCCAGACACAUUUUCAUGCACACACUUUCACAUAUACACAUUUUUUACACAUACACCCUUUUUCUCACAUUUUCACACACAUUUCUAUCUAUCUCUCUAUCUCUGUCUCUCUCUAUCUCUCUCUAUCUCUCUCUCUAUCUAUCUCUCUAUCUAUCUCUCUAUCUAUCUCUCUAUCUAUCUCUCUAUCUAUCUCUCUAUCUAUCUCUCUAUCUAUCUCUCUAUCUAUCUCUCUAUCUAUCU